AUGCCUUCCCCGUUUCCCGGCUCGUUCCAAGCGUCCCUUGAAGCCUCCUAUUCGGCGUCCCUUCCGCUUACCGUGCCGCAUCUCGCGGCGCCUCUCGACCUAAGCCCGCACGCGCACCGCCAGACGCGGUUCGCGGUGGCUCUGGCGGCGCAAUUGUCGCUCUUCUCCGUUCUCGCGCUGCUGCAACCCGUCUCCGCGCUCGCCCUUGCGCAAUCCGCGCAGACAUCCUCCCGUCGUUCUUCCGCCUCCGCCAAUUCCACGCUCGCGCUCUUGCCCACGUGCCCCGCCACGUGGCACGAAAAGGACGCAGCUGCUGCCGCAGUAAGCGAUUCGGACAGAUUCGAGGCGGCGAGAAGGAUGAGCAAGGGUGCGACGACUAAGCGCCAUGAGAAGCGGCGGGAUUCCCGGCGCCUCAUAACGGCGAAAGUAGCGGGAGCGGCGGUCGCGGGGGAGACGCUUGCGGACGGGGCUUUUGCCGACACGUUCGCGGCAUUGACGGGGGAUGAUUGGGUUCCGCAGAACGGUAACGGGGCGGCGCGCGGAAGCAGCAACGGGAACGGGCGGGGGCUGUGGGGGGGGGUACGCGGGGGAGACGCUGCGGCGGGGAGGGGGGAGUGGCAAGCGGUGAGCCUGGCGGAAGCGCGGGAGAUGGCGGAACCGCCGUUUAAGGUGGCAGCGCCGGGACAGCGGAUUGUAGCGAUCGGCGACGUGCACGGCGACUGGGAUCAGACUCUCGCGGCGCUGCGCGUGGCGGGCGUGCUGAACGAGAAGGACGGCGUGAGCGACGACGAGAUGUGGACGGGCGGAUCCACGGUGCUGGUCCAGGUGGGAGACGUGCUGGACCGUGGCGAUGAUGAGAUUGCCAUUCUCUCGCUGCUCAGACACCUUGACCGACUGGCACAGCGGGAAGGAGGAGGAGUGCUCAUGCUGAACGGCAAUCACGAGACAAUGAACGUGGCGGAGGAGUUUCGGUACGUGUCGGAUGGGGGCUUCGAGGAGAGCGAGGACUUCUACUCCUUCUGCCUCUCCGAGUGCGGCGGCGACUGGGACAGCGCGUUCCGCGUGUGGUGGCAGGCGAGUCAGGAGCUCAAGGCGUCCAAGAGAAGAAGGAGAGGCCCGUGGAAUGGAUGGAACCCCAUUCAGGGCCAGCGUCAAAUGAGGGAGCGGCAUGAGCUGUUUGAGGUGGGCGGGCCGAUGGCAGCAGAGCUGGCGCGGAACAAUGCUGCUCUGAUGGUUAACGACACGCUCUUUGCACACGGGGGCAUCCUGCCUCACCAUGUGGAGUAUGGUUUACCGCGCAUGAACCGGGAGCUGUCGCAGUGGAUGCGCGGCGAGGAGGUGUGGGGCGAGGGGGGGCGCACCCCGAUGCCGUUCAUCGUGACGAGGGGCUAUAACAGUGUGGUGUGGACUCGGCUGUACUCUCAGGAAUACCUGGGGUCUGGAGAGGACAAAUACAAGAUCUGCACUGUGCUGGCUGCUUCGCUGGACGCAGUGGGGGCAAAGAGGCUUGUUGUGGGGCACACACCGCAAGUGGGCGGGGCUAACGGGGAGUGUGGGGGUAGAGUGUGGCGCAUCGACGUGGGCAUGUCAUCAGGCAUGCUCAACGCCCCACCCCAGCAUUCAGGUCCUUCCCCUUCCUGUUGCCACCUCUACCCGCCCUUAGCCAAUCGCGAGCUUCGCCAGUACCAGUACGAAAUCGCGGAGGCAGCUCUUUUCGCCAACACCCUCGUGUGCCUUCCCACUGGCGUGGGGAAAACCCUCAUUGCUGCUGUUGUGAUGGCCAACUAUUACCGCUGGUUCCCGCACGGCAAGAUCGUGUUCAUGGCUCCCACGCGUCCCCUGGUGCUGCAGCAGAUCCGAGCAUGUCACAACGUCGUCGCCAUCCCACAGGAGCACACAAUGCACAUGACGGGGCAGAUGGCUCGGGAUCAGAGGGCUCAGCAUUGGAGGGAGCGGCGGGUGUUCUUUGUCACGGGGCAGGUGCUGCUGCAGGACAUGGUGCAGUGGGGUGCCUGUCCGCGCGAGGCCAUAGUGUGUCUGGUGGUGGACGAGGCCCACCGCGCCACGGGCAACUAUGCGUAUGCACGCGUGGUGGAGGAGCUCAACAAAGCCGGCGUUGCGUUCCGAGUUCUUGCGUUGACCGCCACUCCUGGGUCCCAGCUGCCCAAGGUGCAAGAGGUGGUGGACAAGCUGGGUAUAUCGCUCAUAGAGUACCGGGGAGACGAUGACCCGCAAGUUGCCCAGUACAUGCACAAGCGCACCGAGCAAGUGGUCAAGGUGCGUAUGCACACAGCAGUGGCGGAGGUGGAGAAGCUGCUGCUGGCAGAGCAGAGGAGGUGCCUCGAAUCCCUCAAUCGCCUCGGCCUUGUGUCUUCGGCCCUCGUCUCCUCCAGCAAGAUGGUGUCCUCCCACCAGCUGCGCAUGAUACAGGAGCAGCGGGAGAUCAGCCGGCAGCAGGAGGCAGCAGCGCGGGGCUUUGGGGCGGCGCCCAUGGGCGGCAGGGAGGCAGCGGGGCAGAUGUGGUGGUCACGGGCUGAGGCCGUGGGUGCUGCUUUAGAGAGGCUCAUGUCACAUGGCAUGCGCUCAGCACUGCACGUGAUUGAGAGGAGCAGGCCCCUGGCAGCAGUGGUGAGGGAACAGAACAUGCACAAGGCGUUGACGAUCAUGCGUCGCACUGUGGGAGGGGGCGAGGGGGGAAAGGUCAGCAAGGGAAGGCAGGGCGGUGCCAUGUCAUCAGCUUCCACGUCAGCUGCCAGGGGUGGGCCCUCGUCCGCUGCAGCGGCUGCCAUCUCUCCAAAGCUGGUGGAGUUGGAGAAGCUGCUGCUGCUGCACUUCAGGGAGGGUGGGUGUUGGUGGGUGUUGGUGGGUAAGGCUCUUGCGUCUCGAAAUGUUGAUUCCACUGAGCAGCAUGGGGCUGCCGCUGUAUACUCACCUGCAGCUCAGCGCAGAUGCCACCACACCACACCACCAGGGCAAUUAUCCCUUUCUCCCCCCCACUCGCUUCUUUUCCUCUCUCCCGUUCGUCGCUCCACCCAACACCCCCAGCCCAGCAGUGCAGCACAGGUGACACGAGGGCCAUCAUCUUGUCCACCUUUCGAGACAGUGUGCUGCCUCCUCAGUGAUCCCCUCCUGGCCCCUGCUUUGUCUCUCUCCCAUUUCUCGCCUGUCUCAUCCCCCUCCACCCAUGCAGCCCAGCAGUGCAGCACAGCCCAGCAGCGUGGCACAGGUGACACGAAGGCCAUCAUCUUCUCCACCUUUCGGGACAGUGUGCAGGAGAUUGUGGAGUGCCUAUCACAGCACGAGCCGCUGCUGCGAGUGAAGCAGUUCAUCGGGCAGAGCCCAGGAGCAGACUUGCCUCAGAACCGGCCCAAGGGGUCUGCACGCGCCAAGGGGCGUCCACGAAUAGGAGCAAGGGGAGGGGGAAGAGGAGGGCGUGGGGAAGGGCGCGGGGGAAUGGGAGGGUUUAUGGGAGGGAGGAUAGGGGGAAAGGGGAGGGGGCGAGGGAUUGGGGGAGGAGCAGCUCUGGAUGGUUUGAACGGAAGUCGGGGUGUAAGGAGGGGAGGGCGAGGCAAUGCUGAUGGUGGUGUGGUGAAGGGUGCGUGCGGGGAGGAGGAUGGGGAGGAGGGAUGGGACGCUGAGGGAGAGGAUUUAGGAGAGGGGAUUGGGCAAGACGAACAAGAGAGGGCGGAAGUGGAAGGGGACGAGGGGGAGGAAGAAGCAGGGGAGGAGGAGGAAGGGGGUGAUAUGGAAGUGAGGAAGCGGUUGAUGGGUCAGUCACAGAAGCAGCAGCAGGCAGUGCUGGAUGGCUUCAAAGCAGGGACGUACAACGUGCUUGUCUCAACAACCAUUGGGGAGGAGGGGUUGGACAUAUCCCAGGUGGAUCUGGUGGUGUGCUUAAAUGCAGUCUCUGUGCUGCUCCAAGACCCCUCACUUCACUUCACCACACUGUCCCACCGCUGCCGUUGCUUACCCAUUCGCUCUCUUUUCCUCCUCCUCAACUCUUCCCCCAACCAGGUGGAUCUGGUGGUGUGCUUUGACGCGGUCUCUGUGUUGCGCAUGACUCAGCGCAUGGGGCGCACUGGCCGCAGCAGGGAUGGCAAAGUGGAUAUCCUCCUCACCACCGCUCCUCACCAGUCCUCACCACUCUGCACCACUCUGCACGAUGCCUCACUCCUCACGAGUCCUCACCACUGUCUCACCAAAAACCUUCGCUUUUUGCCCACUCAGUUUGCUUUAUGCCUCUCUUCAGUCUCCUCCAAAACACCUUACUUAACCCAUUGCCCACUCCCCCAUCCCCACCACCUACCUCAUCGCCUGCCAAAGCCCACCGUUGCCAUCGUCAACAUCCAGCUCUACCUCAUCGCCUGCCAAAGCCCACCGUUGCCAUCGUCAACAUCCAGCUGUGAUCUGAGUCGACUCGACAAUUUUAUCCUGUACCCACUUCAUCCCUUACAGUUGCUUCUUCAACCUGUCCCCCCUUCCCAUCCCCACCAGCUACCUCAUCGCCUGCCAAAGCCCACUGUUGCCAUCGUCAACAUCCAGCCGCCCGCCUUCAGCCCGCCUCGCUCCAAACGACGCCGCCCCUCGUCAUCCCCGUCCGCCCUCGAUCCCUCCACCAAGAAAGCCCCGGGGAAGAGAAAAAGUGGAGUAAGAUCAGAAUCGGCAUCAGCUUGCCCCCUUCCAGUGACCCAGCUGCUGCAGGCUGAAACUGAUGCUCUCUCGAGGUAUCCCUCCCUGCUGAAGCUUAUCCAGCCGGCUGCUAACCGGCUAGCUGGCAGUUCUGGUGGCGGAGAGGGGAUGAGGUGGAAGCCUUUUGAGACGUCUCAACAGCAGGCUGCUAACCGGCUUGGUGGCGGUUCUGGUGGCGGGGAGGAGGUGAGGUGGAAGCCUAGCCUUACGGGGUUCUUAUCGGCGCAGACGCAGCGAAUGCGGACGUGCCAGGUGGCGCAUUCGGAUAGGUCGGAGCGGAUGUUGGUUGGGGCACUGAGGAUACUGCAGGGGAUGGGAAACGAUGUGGGUUUGCGGGAGGAUGUGGGGGUAGGAAGGGACGUGGGAACGGAAAGGGAUGUGGGAACGGGAAUGGAUGCAGGGAUGAGAGGGAGUACAGGGACAGGAAUGCAUGUGGGGGGUGGUUGGAAUUCGUGGAAAGGAGUGAAAGUGGGAGGAAGGGGAUUUCAGGUGAGGGCAGAAUGCAAAUUGGGAGGAGCACCGUUGUUGCCCAUGAGAGGAGGGCUUGAGUUAAAGCAGCAGGGCAGCGGAAGGAGGGGUGGCGUUGGAUCGAGCGUUGGAGAGGGUAGAGGCAGUGAGAAAGAGACGAGGGAGCCCAAGGGAGGAGGACGGGAGGGUGGUGAGCAGGAGAAUAGUGCUUUGGAGGGUUGUGCGUGGGACAGGGACGGUGGGGAUGGUGGGGAUGGUGGGGAUGGUGGGCAUUGUGCGGUUGGUAGGGGUGGUGGGCAUGGUGAUGAGGUGGAGGGUGGUGAGUUGGACGAGGAUGGGUACGUGGGGUUGGAGGAGUAUGAAGAGCCAACGAUCUGGAGGUAUGUUGAGGGGGAGGAGGAGGGUGGUGAAGGCUCGGCACUCCAGGAUCGGGCUGGGCGAGUGAAUGGGAGGGCCGGGAAUGCCCAUGUUAUGGGUUUGUGGAGCGAAAACGAUGCACGGAUGGAUAGGGCUGUGCAGAAAGACAGGUGCAGGGGGUUUGAUGUGGUCAGGGGCAUGGAAUGCUUGAGAGGCAUGGGGGUGGAGGGAGGUGUCAGGGGGGCUGAAUCUGGACCAUUGGGGCAAAAGGGCGUGUCUGCAGGUGGUGAUGUGGUUGUUUCGGAGGCAACUUGGAGACAAAUGGGAGUGGAGGGAGGUGUUGGGGCGGCUGAAUCUGGACCGUUCAAGCAGAAGGGUUUGCACGCAGCUGGUGGUGACGGUGGUGGUGGCGGCGGCGGGGGUGGUGGUGCUGAUGCUGGUGCUGGUGGUCGCUCAGAGAGUAGCAGCAGGCCCCUGUGGGCUGUUACGCCCUGCCGUCAGCAGCAGCAGCAGCAGCAGCAGCAGCAGCAGCAGCAGCAGCAGCAGCAGAGGUGUGAUAUGAACAGUUGUAAUGGGAGUAAGAAGGGUUGCAAGGUGGCAACGAGAGCAGAUUCAGCUGUGGUCUGCAGGAUAGGUGGUGCAGUUGGAGCAGCAGCAGCAGCAGCAGCAGCAGCAGCAGCAGCAGCAGCAGCAGCAGCAGCAGCAGCAGCAGCAGCAGCAGCAGCAGCAGCAGCAGCAGCAGCAGCAGCAGCAGCAGCAGCAGCAGCAGCAGCAGCAGCAGUGGCAGCAGCGGCGGUACUGUCGCCACCACAGCCAUCAGCACAGCCACCACAACCACUGGCACCGAUGCGAGCAGCAGCUGGUAGUGAUGAUGGUGGUAAUGGCGGUGGUGAGAGUGAUAGUGAGGGAGAUGGAGAGGAAGAGGGAGAGGGAGAGCAGGGGGGGAAAAGGAGGAGUGGGAAAGCGGGGGUUGGAAGGUCUAGGCAGAGGAGAAGGCCGAUGGUGGUGAUGACACAGGAGGUUGGGGAGGAUGAGGGCGAGGGUGGUUAUGAUGAGACAGUAACGGAGGGCGCACAGGAGGAGGAGCUCAGUUCCCCUCAGCAGCGCUCAAGAACCCUCAAGCGGCUACGGAGAGGGUGGCAGGUGGGCGGCAGUGAUGGCUGCACGGAGAAUGGAGGUGGCAGUGGUAGCGGGAACAGGGGCAGUGGUGGUGGGGGCAGGGACACUGGCGAAGCAAGGGGCACGGAGAAGAGUGGCGGUGGUGGGGAGGAGAGCCAAGGGGCCAAGGGAGGAAGGCGCAGGAAUGCUGCGGGCGCGAGCAGUGGCAGCACUAUUGGUGGACGCAGCGGGAGAGGGAGAGGCAAGGCAAUGGCUCGAAGGGUGCUGGACUUCAUUGAUGAGGAGGCUGAGGAGUCAGACCGUGAAGCCACACAGGAAGGCCAAGAACAUGCUGACGUGGCAUGGGCUGAUGAUGACAUGGCAGAUUUCAUCGUCAGCAGGGUGGAGGGAGAAGGGAGUGGGGAAGAGGAAGAGGAAGAAGAGAAGGAGGAGGAGGGGGAGGGGGAAGAGAGUGGGGAGGAAGAGGAUGACAUUGAGGAAGUGGAAGACGGCGAUGAGGAGGAGGGAGGAGGGGAGGGAAUUGUGGGGAGGCAUGGAGGGCCGAUGGUGACGGAGAGAAGCAUGCAGCACAUUUACCGUGCCUCUCCCCACCCCUCUCCCAGUCCCCCAUCCCCUCGCCGCUCUCUCCUGCCGCACUUUACCACGUCUCCACUUGGUCUUGCCGCCCGCAACGCCAACAAGAUGCGAUUCCCGCCGCCGAGAAGAAAUUCUGUGCUGCCCGACUCACACCCGAAGCCACCCAGUGCAGAUGGUGCUCUGGCUCGUUCUCGUUCUCUUCUGCCCAACUCACACUCUAUGCCGCCCGGGCGGCAUGAAGCGGAUGCAAGGGAGGGGAUGGUGGGCGGCAGUGAGCUGGCAGAAGGCAGGGGCGGCCAUCGCGUGCACCUUUGCCAUAUACAUGACGAUAACGAGACUGAUCGAUGCGCGAGAGAAGCACCAUCAUCCCAGCACUCCCCAGCAGCAGCAGCAGCAGCAGCAGCAGCAGAAGUAGCAGCAGCUGUUGCUGCUGCUGCGCCCCCAGCAUUCCCAGCCAACCCCGCACAUACAGCUGGCCCUGUUCCAACGCCAACGCCCACCGCCCCUCCCCAAGCUGCCUCCGACGCAUCGCACACAGCUUUCCCGGGAAUAACCCCCCCUCGCCCAGUUGCUGCCUCAGCAACGCAUGCAGCUCAGCUCAAGGACAGAUGGGCUGUGGUGGGUACACCUGUAAAUAGCAGUAAAAUGGUCAAUGGUGACUAUGAGUGUGUGUGUAUGGAUGAGGUGUUUGGGGACAUUGAUUUGGCUGCAUUGGAGGCGGAAGCAUUGCAAAAGUCCCAGCACAAGAAGCAAAGGACGGCGGGUUUUGAGGCGCCUCAGAAUGAGGUGUUUGAGGGCAUUGAUCUGGAUGCAUUGGAGGCAGAUGCAUUGGAACAGAGCCAACGCAACAAGCGGUGGGGGGCGGCGAGUGAGGGGGGGAUGGUGAAGGGGAGUGCGGUGCUGGAGAGGGGUGUUGGGGCUGGAGUGGAAAGAAGUCCGCCGUUGUCGCCGCAGUGGUGUGCUUGGUGA